GGUGGAUUUAAAUAUAUAUUUAUAAUAUAUUAAUUAAAUAUAUUAUAUUAAAUAUAUAUGUUAUCAUCUAAUAUCAUUGAUAGAUGGUUGAUACAUGUCUUUACUAGGCUUCCUUCCUUCCUUCCUUCCUUCCUUCCUUCCUUCCUUCCUUUUUUUCAGAUUCUACCUCGCCCCUUCUCUGAUAACAUUUACAUUUGCCAUGGCCAAACUGACCCUCCAGCUGUUUUUCGAACUACAACUCCCAUCAUCCCUAGCUAACAGGACCAGUGGUCAGGGAUGAUGGGAACUGUAGUCCCAAAAACAGCUGGAGUGCCAAGUUUGGCCAUGCCUUGUUUAGGGAGCUGAAAGCCGUGCAGCAUGCUGGGAAAUCGAGUUUUGCGCGUGCUCCAUUUUCGUUGGCCGCGCAAGCCUGCUUGGGAAAUGUAGUCCCUGAAGCCUGAUUGGCUGCGAAGGGAAGUGAUGAAAGAGACCGGCAUCCAGGUGCAUGAUGGGGGUUGUAGUUCUGGAGGCCAAAACAGGAAGUGCUGGAGGAGUCCUCCUGCUCCUUGCUCAGCCUUCGGAGCCUGAAGGAGUGAAGGGGGCGCAGCAUGUCUUUCAAGAGGGAGGGAGACGACCCUAGCCAGCUCAAUGUGCUCAAGGUGAGUGGAGGGGAAGAUCGGGGGGAGGGAGUUCAAAAGGCAUUCAAGGGAUCUUGUUGUUGUUGUUUAGUUGUGUCCGCCUCUUCGUGACCCCCUGGACCAGAGCACGCCAGGCCCUCCUGUCUUCCACUGCCUCCCGCAGUUUGGUCAAACUCAUGCUGGUAGCUUCGAGAACACUGUCCCACCAUCUCGUCCUCUGUCGUCCCCUUCUCCUUGUGCCCUCCAUCUUUCCCAACAUCAGGGUCUUUUCCAGGGAGUCUUCUCUUCUCAUGAGGUGGCCAAAGUCUUGGAGCCUCAGCUUCAGGAUCUGUCCUUCCAGUGAGCACUCAGGGCUGAUUUCCUUAAGAAUGGAUAGGUUUGAUCUUCUUGCAGUCCAUGGGACUCUCUAGAGUCUCCUCCAGCACCAUAAUUCAAAAGCAUCAAUUCUUCUGUGAUCAACCUUCUUUAUGGCCCAGCUCUCACUUCCAUACAUCCCUACUGGGAAAACCAUAGCUUUGACUAUACAGACCUUUCUUGGCAAAGUGAUGUCCCUGUUUUUUAAGAUGCUGUCUAGGUUUGUCAUUGCUUUUCUCCCAAGAAGCAGGCGUCUUUUAAUUUCGUGGCUGCUGUCAUCAUCUGCAGUGAUCAUGGAGCCCAAGAAAGUAAAAUCUCACUGCCUCCAUUUCUUCCUGAAUGAUUUAGAAAACGUAGAUAUCAUACCAGGCCUAGAGAGCAAGCUGAGCCGCUCUGCAUGUUCUCCCUGCCCCAGGAGAAAGCAGCUGCGCUCUGUACAUGCUCCCCGUCACUGUGGACUCUGCACAGGAUCCCAGUCCUAGCACUGUGCAAACGGUCCCUGUUCCAGAAUUUCUGCCCAAGGCCCCUAUCUCCAAUUCUCUUCUCCCUUUUUCGAGACCCUGUGGGCUCACACCCCAAUUCCUCUCUCCUACUGUUACUUUGCCUGUAGCUAAACCCAGGUGAAAUAUUUCUCCUCCUUUAUUCAUUUCCAGAAAAGAAGAGUUGCUGACCUCUUGGCCAAUUAUAUCCCUGAGGAUGAAGCUUUGCUGCUGAGAGAUGGCAGGUCAGAGCUAAAUACCCUGGAUACACCAUUGUUAUCUUCAUUGAUUGAUAACACAUGGUGCAGGUUUGAUGCGCAGCUAACAGUGGGCAGUUAGAACAAACUGGGCACUCUGCACAUGCUCCCCAAUCCCAGAUCGCUGAUGUAGCAGGGCAGCAAAAAGAAAGAUACCACAGUUUAGCUCUCACCAAACUGGCUCUUUUACGGCAUGUGGUUCAUAAGUCAAUUUUAGUUAGAAUACAUGGAGUAGAGGAAGAGGGUAAUGUGAUUUAUAGUUUUCAUUUUUAUUAACACCCCAUUUUGCAGCCAAGACGGAGGCCCUAAGCUCUUUUAAAUUAAGCAGAGUUGUUUGAGAAGAAGAGGAGGAGUUUGGAUUUGAUAUCCCGCUUUAUCACUACCCUAAGGAGUCUCAGGGACGCGGGUGGCACUGUGGGUUAAACCACAGAGCCUAGGACUUGCUGAUCAGAAGGUUGGCAGUUCGAAUCCCCGCGACGGGGUGAGCUCCCGUGGCUCAGUCCCUGCUCCUGCCAACCUAGCAGUUCGAAAGCACAAAGUGCAAGUAGAUAAAUAGGUAUCGCUCUGGCGGGAAGGUAAAUGGCGUUUCCGUGCGCUGCUCUGGUUCGCCAGAAGCGGCUUAGUCAUGCUGGCCACAUGACCCAGAAGCUGGACGCUGGCUGCCUCGGCCAGUAAAGCGAGAUGUGUGCCACAACCCCAGAGUUGGCCACGACUGGACCUAAUGGUCAGGGGUUCCUUUACCUUAACCUUUAAGGAGUCUCAAAGCGGCUGACAAUCUCCUUUCCCUUCCUUCCCCACAACAAACGCUCUGUGAGGCUGAGAGACUUCAGAGAAGUGUGACUCGCCCAAGGUCACCCAGCAGCUGCAUGUGGAGGAGCAGGGAAUCGAACCCGGUUCACCAGAUUACGAGUCCACUGCUCUUAAUCACUAUACCACACUGACACACUGUGUGUGUGUGUGUGUGUGUGUGCACGCUUCAAAGAAAGAUUUUUAAAAAUCAUGUGGAUAAUUAGAGUAUUGUAGAAAAUGGGGUCUUUUAAAAAAUGGGUAAUGAAUUCUUGGAAAAAGAAUUAUUGGAAAAAGAAAAGAGAAAGGCUAUAUACUCAAGAUCACAACUGUUCUAGCAUGUUUGUCAUGAUUUAUUUACAGAGCAGUGUCGUAACAAGCCUGCUUAGAACUCAGUCCCACAGACUGAAUGGGGCUAAGCCUGCCCCACUGAAUGCAAUGGAGUAAGUUCUAAUUCAAUUCUCUUUGUUCGUUCCUUCGCCCCAGCAGAUAUGCCUGCACUGUCUGCUUCCACCGUCCAGUUUUUGACACUCUCGACAUGCUCACGGUCCACCGUUCUGGAAAGAAGCACCUCAUCAGUAAGUCUGCGGAAGCUUUUCUUGAGCCCUCAAUGCCCCAUACUCCCUCAUCCAACCUUCUGAGCAGAUAAUACCCAAGGUUUAUACCACGUUGCUAAGAGCACCGUUGUGGUGGGGGAGCUAGGCCAUCUCCCUGCUCUCAUUGCUCCAUUGGUUUUCAGGCACUGCUCAGUUUGCUGCUCGGGGUAGUAAAAGAAGGGAUCUGUGUGCGAGGAAAGGUGUGCUACCCGGUACCAAAAUUGGAGAGGUCAAAGGGUGGCUGAAAAUUAACAUCGCCAGCCAUGUGGCUGCCUGUCUUGGGUUUGUUUUUAAUCAUUGCUGCAGUUAUUCUGAGGCACUUUUAAUUUGCAGUGAUUUCGUUCGUCCUCGCAAUGGUCAAGUAAGGAUGUCUGGUCCCAUUUUACAGAUCAGGAAGACUGAGGUGUAGAUAGAGAUUUUGCUUUAACCAAGGCAGCCCAGAGAUUUGAACCAAGACCCUGCCAUGUUCUUCUGUCCUCUGUCUCUCACUUUGUAAAAGGUUUGCAGAAGUUCUAUGGGAAGAAGCGUUCACUCGAGAGCGAGGUCCAGAAACGCCGCCACCAGGCGUACCUCCGAGCAGAAGAAACUGGUGCCCAGGUAAGUCUGCAUGCUCCUUGCCGCUUCUUAGUUGCUAAGAAUUGCAAACUAGUAUGGCAGCCUCUGUGUCGACUGAGUUUUCUUCCACUGCAAUCCUGGGCUCAUGAGUCCCACAGACUUCAGCAAGACUUUCGGAAAGCAACCUUAGCAUGGAAGAUCUGCCACUGAGCUAUAGUUUGCCCUUUAAAAUAAAUACGAUUCCAGUCCUCGUGGUUCUGAAGAAAGGGUCGAUAUAAAUUGGAACAGAGGAGACUGCUUUAUACAGAGUCAGAUCCCUCUAGUCUUGGUUACACUGAUUGGCAGCCGCUCUCGAAAGAAGGUGCUCUACCAGUGGGCUGCGUUUUCAUGUACAAAAUGUGUUUGUGUGUGUGGUUUUUAGUGUUGAUGAUUUUAUUGCUAGAUUGCUUUGAGACAUUUCAUGAGAAAAUACUCAUUCAUGAAAAUAAAUGAAUUGAUAAACCCUCUUUCUUUAGGUGAGUCCAGGCCCUGCACCUUUGCUUGUGGAGACCAGGAAGAUCGCCCACAACGCUUUGCUGAAAAACGUCCCUUAUAGCAGCUGCUGCCGACGCAACAGGUAACGUGCUUUGCUCUCAAACCGUGGCCCCAUGAACCUUAAUGCGGAUGGAGUCCACAUUCCCCGUUGGCUGGGGAGUGGCACCCGGUGGCCUUAGAUCUCCUUCUGAGGAUCUUCCCCAGGUUCCCGGUGCCUUUUCAGUGGUGGCUCCCUGUCUGUGGAAUCCUCUCCCCAACGAAGUCCACCUGGCACCUUCACUGACAUUUUUUUUUUUUACCAGGUAAAGGUUUACCAUUUCCCCCAAGCCUUUUGAUAGUCUAAGAUGUUGUUACUGUGUUACUAAAUAAAUAAAAAAUUAUUUAUAUUUAUUAUUUACUAGUGUGCAGCUGACGCUUCCUAUUGCUGUUACAUACGCUAUUUCUUUCUGUACAAUGCAUUUAAAUUUAUGUAUUUAAAGUUGCUUUGAAACCUUUAGAUAACGUCUAAUUAAUAUUUAUGGCAUCUAUACCCUUUUUCUGAAAGGAGCUCAAGGUGGUAUAUGUGGUUCCACGCCCCCCCCCCCCGUUUAAACCCCAUAACAAUCCUAGGUUAGGCUGAGAAGGUAGUGGCUAGCCCAGGGUCACCCAGGGAUCUUCAUGGCCAGGUGGGGGAUUUGAACCCCAGACCAACAUGCACCAGUGUUUCUCAGACUUGGGUCCCCAGCUGUUGUUGCACUACAACCCCCAUCAUCCCUGACCACUGGUCCUGCUUAGUAGGGAUGAUGGGAGUUGUAGUCCAACAAUAGCUGAGAACCUAAGUUUGAGAAACAGUGCUUUAACCACUACACUACAUUGAAUCUCAAUAAUAAUAACUAUAUCUGAAGAAGUAUAUCCGAAGGUCCAGUAUAUCUAAAGGAGCGUCUCCACCUCCAUCGUUCUACCUGGAUGAUGAGGUCCUGCGCUGAGGGCCUUCUGGUGGUUCCCUCACUUCGAGAAGCCAAGUUACAGGGAACCAGGCAGAGGGCCUUCUUGGUGGUGGCACCCGCCCUGUGGAACGCCCUCCCACCAGAUGUCAAAGAGAACAACUACUACCAGACAUUUAGAAGACAUCUGAAGGCAGCCGUGUUUAGGGAAGCUUUUAAUGUUUGAUGCAUUACUGUAUUUUAAUAUUUGGUUGGAAACCGCCCAGAGUGGCUGGGGAAGCCCAGCCAGAUGGGCGGGGUAUAAAUAAUAAAUUAUUAUUAUUAUUAGCAACAAUAAUAUAAGGAAGAUGACUUUCUACAAGGCCUCAACUUGACUGAUUUAUUUGGCACAGGGUGGCAGGAAGUGACAUUGCCCCCAGUACCUCAAGGACAGAUGCAAGCUCCAGAGAGUCUGAAGAAAAUGAGCCGUCAAAACCCAAGAACUCCGUUCAUGCAGAAGAACAUAGACUGCCUUUGCCAGAAGCCACUUCUGCUGUGGAUUUGCCUGGGUGCGCGACUUCCAUGUCAGGUAGAAAAUUGCUUUGGAGCAGUUUGGUUGUGGUGUUUCCUCAUUGGUUUCAGGCUGUACCUCAGUCAUAGAGCACAGUUUUGCAUGCAAAAGCCCCCAGGUUCAAUCCCCACUGCCAGCAUAGAAUCAUAGAAUUGUAGAGUUGGAAAGGACCCCCAAGUCAUCUAUUCCAACUCCUUGCAACACAGGUAUCACAGCUAAAGAACCACUGACAGGUGGGCCACCCCACCUCUGUUUAAUAACCUCCAAAGAAGGAGAGUCCACAACUUUCUAAGGGAGUUGGUUCCAUGGUUGAACAGCUCUUGCCAUCAGAAAUUUUUCCUAAGGUUUCGUUGGAAUGUCCGUUCUUGUCUGGAGCAGCAGAAAACAAGCUCGUUUCAUCUUUCAUGUAACAGCCCUUCAUGUACUUGAAGACGGCUGUCAUGUCACCUUUCAGGCUUUUUUCUGCAGAUUAAACUGCAGGUUCAACUGUCCUCAUAAUAAUAAUAAUUUAUUAUUUAUACCCCGUCCAUCUGGCUGAGUUUCCCCAGCCACUCUGGGCAGCUUCCAAUCGAGUGUUAAAAACAAUACAGUAUUAAAUAUUAAAAACUUCCCUAAACAGGGCUGCCUUCAGAUGUCUUUUAAAGAUAAGAUAGCUGCUUAUUUCCUUCACAUCUGAAGGGAGGGCGUUCCACAGGGUGGUUCCCUGUAACCUCACUUCUCGCAAUGAGGGAACUGCCAGAAGACCCUUGGAGCUGGACCUCAGUGUCCGCGCUGGAUGAUGUGGGUGGAGACACUCCUUCAGCUCUACUGGACCGAGGCCGUUUAGGGCUUUCAAGGUCAGCACCAACACUUUGAAUUGUGCUCGGAAACAUACUGGGAGCCAAUGCAGAUCUCUCAGGACCAAUGUUGUGUGGUCCCAGCGGCCACUCCCAUAAGACUUGGUCUCCAGAUUCUUUACCAUCUUGGUCGCCCUCCUCUGCACACAUCACACUGUUGACUCGUGUUAAGCUUGUGGUUUGCUAAAACCCCUAGAUCUGUUUCACAUAUGCUGCUGGCAAGCCAGGAGUGCCUUUCAACUUUCAGCUUCCUCUUCUGGUCUACACUCCCAAAUCAAUCCAGGAGGAGACGGACCUGCAGGUGUGGAUACAGUUGCCUCAUCUGCAGUUGUUAUUGUGAAGUGGGCAGGAUUUUACGGACGCCAACCCCAUCCCACGUUGCCAGUGAGCAAGGAGAUGCAACUCCUAAAUAUCAAUCUCUCUUGAUUCCAGAAUCGGUGAAAAGAUCUGCAGCUCUGAGAAAGGAGCGUAGCCGCAAAAGGAAAGCGCCUCACGGUGCACCACCUCAUUCUGACACUGGUGAUGUUACCCCGGAGAAGCGCCGGGCUUUGGAACACUAUCUGAGGCUGAAAAGGUAGGUUAGAGGUUGCCCAGAAGAUGUGUUAACUAAGUGGUGGGAUCACAGGUACUAGAUUUGCAGGCCAGGAGCCGAAAAGCAUCAGGGGAGCAAAGUUGCAUCUGCACUGUUUUCUUUGUUUCAAGACCUGGUUUUGCAGGGGAGGGUGAUCAGGUUUUACUAUAAAGUUCGAUUUAAAUGCAUCCCUUCCAGUGUAGACACAGGCAAAGCACUAUUAAGGCUUUUAAGGGCUACUGUACUCUUAAUUAAAAGCUUUUAAGGGCUAUUGUGCUCUUAAUCAAAAGCUUUCUGUUGGCAAGCUCAGCCUUCUUUAUUGCUUUUUAUAAUAUUAUGUCUAUAUACAGUGGUACCUUGGGUUAAGUACUUAAUUCGUUCCGGAGGUCCGUUCUUAACCUGAAACUGUUCUUAACCUGAAGCACCACUUUAGCUAAUGGGGCCUCCCACGCCGCUGGAGCACGAUUUCUGUUCUCAUCCUGGAGCAAAGUUCUUAACCCGAGGUACUAUUUCUGGGUUAGCGGAGUCUGUAACCUGAAGCGUAUGUAACCUGAACCGUAUGUAACCCGAGGUACCACUGUACCAGGAAAAAAAGAGAAACUGAGUAAUGUAAAGCACCACCACCGCCUGCAGCAAACAGAAGCUGGCAUCUCCGGAUAGGGCUGGGAGAAACUACCUGAAACCCUCAAGAGCCACUGUUUGUCAGCAUAGACAACACAGAGCUAGCUGGUCUAACUCUGUAUUAGGCAGCUUCUUUGUGUGUUCUGAACAGGAAACAUUUAAUUAAUGUUGCGCAGCUGUCUUGCACUUAAACGUUACAGAAGUAUCUCAGCCAUGGUGUACGGCAGUGCAAUUUAAUAUUGUGCUCUGCAAGUGUGCUUAGAUCCAUUAUUCCAGAAAAAUGAGCAUUCCCUUCUCAGAUGUGUUUAUUUCCUUCCUUUCUCUGGCAGUUCUGGUUGGGUCCAAGAUGGUUCUGGCAAGUGGGUAAAAGACGAGAAUGUGGAAUUUGACUCUGACGAAGAGGAACCUCCUGCACUGACUCCAUCUUGACAACAUUGUUGCUUACUUUCUGAGAGGGGGACCCUUGGAAAUGUUCUGCUGGUUGGACAUUCAGGGACCACUCAUUCAAGAACAAAAUUUAUUUUUUACCAUGUACUGUGUAUAGGAUGGUUUAUUUUUAUUUUUUAAAGGGGGGGGAUAUGAACGCAGAUUACAUUGUCUGGUUACUUCCUUUGUUGGUUACAGUCUCUGGUUUUGUUUCACUGCACAGAGACUGCCUUUCACAACAGCCCUGCUAGGUAGGCUGGAUUGCAGGAGAAAGUGUGUGUGUGUGUGUGCAACUUCUGUGGUUGAAUGGAAAUUUGAACCCGGGUCUCCCUGGUCGUAGUCCAACAACCAGACUGCACCAAACAUGAAAAGCAACAUUUCAUUUGCCCCAAGCACUAAUCUCUAGGCAGCACUGUCGUUCAGCCUCUACUUCAUUGUUGGGGGAGCUUUUCCUGCUCAAGGGCCACAUUUCCUCAUGAGGAACCUUCUGAGGGCUACAUGCUGGUAAUGGGCAGUGUCCCAGUCCAAAGUGACCACUUUGUACAGCUGGUUCCACCUCUCUGUCCAGGUAAGCAAAAGGCACAAUCACCCCUGGAAGACGCAUUCCAACCAGGUAAAGUGCUCAAGGGAGGGCUGGGGAGAUUCCUGAGGAUCGGGUCGAGAGGCCCAGAGGGCUGCCUUUGGCACCUAGCCCUGAGAUUCCCCAACACUAUACUGAACCCUGCAAAAAGGAAUUUGUUGGCAGCACAGCUUCUGGCUGGCCAUUGGCCGAGCUGCCCUGAUCUCACAGAGGCACACCAGGGAGGGCAGGCAGACCUCUUGACUACCACUUGGCUCACACGACAUUGCAAAGGGGCCAGAGCAAAGCAUUGGACAGGGAGCUCUUCAGAAAGGAGGCUUAAAUGUGUGAUCCAGAGAAGGCCAACGGAAAACGUCUGGGUCCACUAAUACAAGCAAUGUCCACGGAGCCAGGACCUUCAAAGACGCAGGGAUGCUUUGAAAUCCACAUACAGUUAAAUCCAGUCAAAGGCAACUAUGAGGUUGCAGCAGCUCUCAUCUCGCUUUCAGGCCGAGGGAGCCGGCGUUUGUCCACAGACAGCUUUCUGGGUCAUGUGGCCAGCAUGACUAAACCACUUCUGGUGCACGGAGGACCGUGACAAAUGCCAGAGCGCAUGGAAACACCGUUUACCUUCCCGCCGCAGUGGUACCUAUUUGUCUACUUGCAUUGGCGUGCUUUCGAACUGCUAAGUUGGCUGGAACAGAGCAACGGGAGCUCACCCUGUUGCGGGGAUUCGAACCGCCAGCCUUCUGAUUGGCAAGCCCACGAGGCUCGGUGGUUUAGACCACAGUACCACCCGCGUCCCAUAAUAAAUAAUUUUUAAAUAAGCCCUGCGCGGAUGGUUGGUGUCUAAUUGUGGGCCUUUAUAAGUGGGUAUAAAGCCAAAGAGAAAGGGCCCCAUUCCUUCCACUGUCUCUGAGCAAGAGUGGGUCUUGGAGGCAAAAGCAUAAAGUUGGCAAUCGUUCCCACUGCAAGUGCCUUCAUGUCAGCCUAGCAUUGACUCCACUGCCCCGUCCUGCUGGUCAUAGCUGUCAACCUUCCCUUUUUUUGCGGGAAAUUCCCUUAUUCAAACGCUGCUUCCUGCUGCUAUCCCAGAUUGUUAGAUAUCCCGUAGACUGUCCCCAGGACAGGUGAGGCUGCUGAGCCCUUAUUUUCGAGGCUGCUGAUCCCUUAUUUUCAAAUCUGAAAGUUGACAGCUAUGCCGCUGGCUGGCACAGCCAACCAAGCAACGCAUUGUGAUACAUUGCGGGUUGCAGAGGCCAACCCAUGGUUUUCGCACACACCCCUUUUGCCGUCGGCUCUGACGCCACCGCCGCUUCUUGACGUGGGUCGUUUCCAUUGCCCGCUUGCGUCAACUUCGGGGCUGGUGACUUUUACCCACCUAACCUAACUCUUCCCAACCCCCCCAAGCCUAACAGCUGUCCAUGUCAACCACGGAGGACAAGCCGCGAGAAGCCGGCUGCAUUGACAGGCAGGACACAUGUGACACCUCCGGCCUGGGGAGGGGAAGGGAAGCCCCUAAUUUAAGACCGAGACGCCUUCUCCUCCUGCUCCUCCUCCUCCUCCUUGCGGGGCCUGGGCCAAGAUUUCGUGCAACCUGAUCCCUUGGGUGUCCAUUUCGUCUGCUGAUCCCAGCGGGGGGUAUAAAUACAUUGGGAGGGUGGGGGGAUACUUCUCUUUCCCCCUCCCCACAAUCUUGCUCCGCAGCACCACCUGCUUGGAAUAACUCUCUAUAAAGUGGCAGGGCUCCUUGCAAGAUUCCUGACGGGACACCCUUCCUUGACGCCGCUUGCGCUUCCUAUUAUAUAAAGUGCCGGGCGGCUUUUUAAAUCUACUUUUCUACUGCUGGAGCUGUGGGAGUAAAAAUGCAAACUUAGUACAUAUGAUGAUUAGCUGCCCCGUGAUAAGAUCAUUUUGGUGUGGGGAGAGGAUAGUUCUAGCAAGAGUAAUAAAAAGAAAUUGUUAUUUAGGGGAAUUGAAUUCUAAAUUAUAUUCUGGAAAUGUGGGAGAUUACAAGGGGUCCAAAAAAAUGGAUGUACCAUGCCAUAUUGGAAGCAAAAAAACUUGUUUUGAUGAAUUGGAAGAGCCGCAAAAAGAUUGCAUUGAGCACAUGGAUUGAUAAUAUGGACAGACUAGCUACAUACAAACGAAUUGCAUGUCGACGCAAAUUAAGAAUGGAUAAAUAUGAAGAAAUCUGGAAGGAAUAUUUAAGCGAUAAGGCGGAUAGUGGUGGGAAGUAGGGGGAGGAGAGGUGGGGGGAAAUUGUUAAAAAGGUGUAGUCAUAGGUAUAUCAGCAUUCAAAUUUGAAUUGUCAAAUUGUGUUAGUAAUGUUAUGGUUUUUGUUGUAUGUGUCUUGUGCGGUUGUUGUUUGUAUUGAAAAAAUGGUUAAUUUUUUUUAAAAAAAAAUUACUUUUCUUCAUCAGGCACCAAGCAGAGUUCACGGAAAGCCAGAUCCUGACUUCAAAUAAAGGAUGUUGGAAAUGCACUUGUUUUAUUCGACGGCUGCUAGCUCUUUCUUUACCCUCCUCCUGAGGAAUUCAAGAUGGAGAAGUCAGCCCUUCUUGUUCUUCCCAUUUUAUCCUCACGACAACCCUGUGGGGUAUGUUAGGCCAAGAGGGAAAGAGAGUAGCUGUCCCGAGGUCACUCAGGGAGCUUCAUGGCUGACUGUAUAGCGUCAGAGUUAGGCCAUCUCCAUUGAACUCUAACCACUAUACCACACUGGCUCUCAUGGGGCAGCGCCUCAGCAAUGGAAAUCCUACCCUUGCCCCCUACAUAGCCAGCCCUGAGAGCGCUUCCACCAUUUCAGGCUGUUUCUUCAGUCCCGAGUACUAGAAACUUGGUUAGUGUUGUGGCUUUGAAGUGAAAGCUGUUCUUCUAAGUGCGCUGGAUUCUCCAGAUACCAAACCAGGGAUUUUGGAACACACGCCUUUCAUUCAACACGCUCGUCUGAUUUUUGCCUUUCUGUUAAAUAUCAAUUUGUUGGUUCCCACUGAAGGUGUUUCCCGUUUUUGUGCCUGGAAAAAGGGUAGCAAAAUCUCAUGCCAUACUUUUCAUCUAGGAAGAGCCGAGUUCAAAUCCCACAGACUCAGCCAUGAAACUCUCACAGGGAUCCUGCCCAGCCUCUUUCUCACAGCUCAGCCUACCUCAUGGGGUUAGCUUUGAGAAAGAUUAUCUCUGUGAACACCAUCCACCACUUUGUAAUAAAAUAGCUUCCCCUCAAGUCAUAUCUCAAGUUCCUCACAGAACUCUAGCCCAAUGGUUGCCAUUAAUUUGAUUUGAACUGAUUUUAUAAUGAAUUGAUUUUAGAAUGCUGUAUUAUUUUAUUGUUGUUAGCCACUCUGAGCCCAGCUUCAGCUGGGGAGGGUGGGACAUAAAUAAAAUAUUAUUAUUAUUA